UGAGAGCCCAAACUUUCUAGUAACAAGUUUAUAAAUACAAAAAAUGCUUUAUUAUGUAAUUGUGGAACAAUAAACACACUUUACUCCGUUACAUAACCUCACUUCCAGUUGUCAAAAUGUUUGCUUUCCGGUCGUUUUUUCGGGCCGGUCGGGCCCUAGCCCCUUUUGCGCACUUUAGGCACUUACACAGUUGCACAAUUCAAGUGUUAAGGGCCCCCAACGUCCAAAAUAGUGCAAACCUUGUUUUUAGGUUAUGUUCAACGCAGCCCCUCGAAGUCGACGCCUCCACGUUUGAGAAAGCCUGCGACGAGACUUUGGAAUCUCUGACCGAAUAUUUCGAGCAAAUCGUCGAAGAAGCGGAUAAUUUAAAAACAGCCGAUGUGGCAUACACUAGUGGCGUUUUGACUGUUAAUUUAGGGCCGGAAUAUGGGACUUAUGUGAUUAAUAGACAGUCGCCGAACCGGCAAAUUUGGCUGAGUUCGCCCGUCUCGGGGCCUAAAAGAUAUGAUUUUGUGGUCAGGGACCAGAGUUGGGUGUAUAAACAUGACGGGAGGACGUUGCAUAGGCUGUUACAGGAUGAAAUAUCGAGGAUUGUGAAAAUUGAUGUUAAUUUUGCCGAUUGUUCUUAUGGGAAGUUGUAAUAAAAGUGAUAAAUACAUCGA